AUGCGUUGUAAAAAGUCACUGACAUGGGGAUACCUAACGGUUUUUGGUGCAGCACUUAUUCACAUUUCGUUUGCAUACAGCUCCACUAUCGGCAACAUGAACUCAUAUUUAGUUUCCUACAUGAAUAUUACAGCUGGAGAAACGGUCUGGUUUCAUGCAGUGUUAGUUUCUGGCCAGGCAGUUGCAAUGCCGAUUGGUGGUUUGUUGGAAUUAAAGAUUGGAUUUCGUCCAGUUGUAGCGAUCGGCUCAAUUACUUGCAGUGCUGGUGUAGCACUCUCAGCGUUGACUGUGAGUCAUGGUAUUGGCCCUUUUAUUGUAACAUACACAGUUAUGUUUGGUCUCGGGAUGGGUCUGCCAUACACAGUUUUGUUCACAUUAGCUGGUGCUGAAUUUGGGGCAGCGAAUCAUUUAGACAAUGGAUUUCUCUCAAAGGUGGCCUCUUGUACAACCUUGUUUAAUGUCCUCGGACGGGUGAUUUGGGGCUUACUUUGCGACCACAUCUCUUUCAAGGUAAAGUUUUUUUGCAUUUUUCGGGAUAUUUAUUGGGCCCUCUUGUUUGCUACCUUCCCUCUGAUUACGAAAGCAGGCGCUUUUCAGCCCCUCUUUGCAGUGUGGGUGUUCCUGCUCUUCUUCACAAUGGCUGGACACUUUGUACUCUUACCCGGAGCAUGUUCGCGCAUCUUUGGACCAAAGUACAUGGCCACGACGUUUGGCCUGCUCCACCUAACUUCGGCACCGAGCGCGCUCAUUCUCUCGGCAAUCAUGUCACAUUUCAAAAUCAUCAACGAAUUCAACUUGGUAUUCUUCUGCUGCUGCGGACUGUGCAUUUUAAUUACUGUCGUAGCCCUAAACUGGGAUGAAGAGGCAGAGGAGGGCGAUGACCCGGGCUCAGCAAUCUUUUCUCGUGCAUCCACGACUUAG